UGUGUCAAAUAUUUUACGGCGUGACCAGUGGCCGGGAUACAGAGCUUUGUGAAAGAGCGCUUGAGCUUCCUUUUUUUCCAGUUCAUCCUUUCUGUAACAUCAUUAAAGUGUCCUGAUUCUUUUCACCCGUUAUAAUGAACUCAGAGUCCACACGGCCCUCUUUAGGAAAAUCUCCACAGACUCCUCCUGCUGCUGCUGCCUCAAAGAUGUGCCACUGCUCAGAUUGUGGGAAAAGUUUUAUGAAGAGUCACCAAUUAAAAUAUCACCAGUGCAUCCAUAUCAGAGAGAAGCUGUAUCACUGUGGACAGUGUGGGAGGAGUUUUACUCAGCAGAGUACUCUCCAACGGCAUGAGCGCAUCCACACAGGAGAGAAGCCGUAUCACUGUGGACAGUGUGGGAGGAGUUUUACUCAGCAGAGUACUCUCCAACAGCAUGAGCGCAUCCACACAGGAGAGAAGCCGUAUCACUGUGGACAGUGUGGGAGGAAUUUUACUUCUAAGCGUACUCUCCGACAGCAUGAGCGCAUCCACACAGGAGAGAAGCCAUAUCACUGUGGACAGUGUGGGAGGAAUUUUAAUUCUAAGAGUUAUCUCCACCAGCAUGAGCGCAUCCACACAGGAGAGAAGCUGUAUCACUGUGAACAGUGUGGGAGGAAUUUUACUCAGCAGAGUAAUCUCCAAAAGCAUGAGCGCAUCCACACAGGAGAGAAGCCAUAUCACUGUGGACAGUGUGAGAAGUGUUUUACUCAGUGGAGUCAUCUCCAAAAGCAUGAGCGCAUCCAUACAGGAGAGAAACCGUAUCACUGUGGACAGUGUGGGAGGAGUUUUACUCAGCAGAGUACUCUCCGACAGCAUGAGCGCAUCCACACAGGAGAGAAGCCGUAUCACUGUGGACAGUGUGGGAGGAGUUUUACUUCUAAGAGUACUCUCCAACGGCAUGAGCGUAUCCACACAGGAGAGAAGCCGUAUUACUGUGGACAGUGUGGGAGGAGUUUUACUUCUAAGAGUACUCUCCGACAGCAUGAGCGCAUCCACACAGGAGAGAAGCCGUAUUACUGUGGACAGUGUGGGAGGAGUUUUACUUCUAAGAGUUAUCUCCAACAGCAUGAGCAUAUCCACACAGGAGAGAAGCCGUAUCACUGUGGACAGUGUGGGAGGAAUUUUACUCAGCAGAGUACUCUCCGACAGCAUGAGCGCAUCCACACAGGAGAGAAGCCAUAUCACUGUGGACAGUGUGAGAAGUGUUUUACUCAGUGGAGUCAUCUCCAAAAGCAUGAGUGUAUCCACACAGGAGAGAAGCCGUAUCACUGUGGACAGUGUGGGAAGAGUUUUGCUUGUAAGAGUACUCUCCAACGGCAUGAGCGCAUCCACACAGGAGAGAAGCCGUAUCACUGUGGACAGUGUGGGAAGAGUUUUACUUCUCAGAGUUAUCUCCAACAGCACCAGCGGAUCCACACAGGAGAGAAUUUGGAUCACUGUGGACAGUGUGGGAAGACUUUUACUUCUAAGAGUCAUCUCCAACAGCACCAGCGUAUCCACACAAGAGAGAAGCCAUAUUACUGUAGACAGUGUGGGAAGAGUUUUACUCAGCGGAGUCAUCUCCAAAAGCAUGAGCGUAUCCACACAGGAGAGAAGCCGUAUCGCUGUGGACAGUUUGGGAAGGGUUUUACUUCAUGAGCUCAUCUCCAACUGCAUGAGCGUCUCCACACAGGAGAGAAGCCGUAUCAUUGUGGACAGUGUGGGAAAAGUUUUGCUCGUCAGGGUAGUCUCCAACGGCAUGAACGUAUCCACACAGGAGAGAAGCCAUAUCAUUGUGGACAGUGUGGGAAGAGUUUGUCACCCAAUCAAACUCUUAUGGUUCAUGAGCGCAUCCACACAGGAGAGAAGCCGUAUCACUGUGGACAGUGUGGGAAGAGUUUUACUCAGUGGAAUCAUCUCCAAACGCAUGAGCGCAUCCACACAGGAGAGAAGCCAUAUCACUGUGGACAGUGUGGGAAGAGUUUUACUCAGUGGAAUCAUCUCCAAACGCAUGAGCGCAUCCACACAAGAGAGAAGCCACAUCACUGUGGACAUUGUGGGAAGAGUUUUGCUUGUAAGAGUACUCUCCACCAGCAUGAGCGCAUCCACACAGGAGAGAAGCCGUAUCACUGUGGACAGUGUGGGAAGAGUUUCACUCGGCAGAGUCAUCUCCAAAAGCAUGAGCGCAUCCACACAGGAGAGAAGCCACAUCACUGUGGACAUUGUGGGAAGAGUUUUGCUUGUAAGAGUCAUCUCCACCGGCAUGAGCGCAUCCACACAGGAGAGAAGCCGUAUCACUGUGGACAGUGUGGGAAGAGUUUUGCUUGUAAGAGUACUCUCCACCAGCAUGAGCGCAUCCACACAGGAGAGAAGCCGUAUCACUGUGGACAGUGUGGGAAGAGUUUUAUUUCUAAGAGUACUCUCCAACUGCAUGAGCGCAUCCACACAGGAGAGAAGCCGCAUCACUGUGCACAGUGUGGGAAGAGUUUUAUUUCUAAGAGUACUCUCCAACUGCAUGAGCGCAUCCACACAGGACAGAAGCCAUAUUGCUGUGGACAGUGUGGUAAGGGUUUUACUUGUCGGAGUAAUCUCCAACGGCAUGAGCGUAUCCACACAGGAGAGAAGCCGUAUCACUGUGGACAGUGUGGGAAGAGUUUUAUUUCUAAGAGUACUCUCCAACUGCAUGAGCGCGUCCACACAGGAGAGAAGCCAUAUUGCUGUGCACAGUGUGGUAAGGGUUUUACUUGUCAGAGUGCUCUCCAACGGCAUGAGCGUAUCCACACAGGAGAGAAGUCGCAUCGCUGUGGACAGUUUGGGAAGGGUUUUAUUUCUAAGAGUACUCUCCAACUGCAUGAGCGCAUCCACACAGGAGAGAAGCCAUAUUGCUGUGCACAGUGUGGUAAGGGUUUUACUUGUCAGAGUGCUCUCCAACGGCAUGAGCGUAUCCACACAGGAGAGAAGCCAUAUUGCUGUGGACAGUGUAGUAAAGGUUUUACUUGUCGGAGUAAUCUCCAACGGCAUGAGCGCAUCCACACAGGAGAGAAGCCGCAUCACUGUGGACAGUGUGGGAAGAGUUUUAUUUCUAAGAGUACUCUCCAACUGCAUGAGCGCAUCCACACAGGAGAGAAGCCAUAUUGCUGUGGACAGUGUGGUAAGGGUUUUACUUGUUGGAGUUAUCUCCAACGGCAUGAGCGUAUCCACACAGGAGAGAAGUCGUAUCGCUGUAGACAGUUUGGGAAGUGUUUUACUUGAUGGCGUCAUCUCCACUAUCAUGAGCGUAUCCAUACUGGAGAGAAACCGUAUCGCUGUGGACAGUGUGUGAAGAGUUUUUGUGGUCUGAGUCAUCUCCAACUGCAUGAGUGUGUCCACACAGGAGAGAAGCCGUAUUGCUGUGGACAGUGUGGGAAGAGUUUUCGUCACCCAAGUGCCUUCCACAGCCACCUGCAGAUUCAUAAAGAACAGAAUCCCUAUCAGUGUGGACAAUGUGGAGGGAGCUUUAUUCAUUCAGGAUUGUUUCGGAAACACAAGUGCCCUCACAAUAAAACCAACAGCUCUUGACAUGGAAAUUUGUUAGGUUAAGAUAUGUUUUUAUAUUCCUUUUUUUAAAAUGGUAAUCUGAAAUUUUAGCUAAAACUCUAUGACCAUCCAUUAUUGUUUUCAAGAUUCAGUAAUUGUGUUUUUCAUGAAAGACCUUUUAAAAAUGUUUUCCCAUGAUGAAUAGAUCAAGAAAUUCGACAAAUACACUGCUGAGACAUGAGUAUUUGAAGUAGUCAGAUUUAACUUUUCUUGCAAAGCAAUCCAUUUCUAUAAUAGCUGUUUUUACCUUUUCGACUGUCUUUUUUUGACCCGAAUUUUCGUUUGUGGUUUGAGUUAAAGUGAAUCAUUGGCCGUAAAAGAGUUUUUUGGACUCAAGUUGGUCUCUGCCGAAAGAAAUUCACGUGCGAAAUGGCGGAUUUCUCAGGUAUGUUUCUAACUUUUAUAAUUUCUCCUUUUCUACCUUUUAUAAUUUGCUUAAUGUGUGAAAAUUCUUGAAAAUAAAUACAGAUACAUCUGUAGAUGUGUUUUUCGCCAAUAAGGAGCAGAUUUAUUCCCCAAUGAUUCGCUUUCACUUACAACAGAAGUUAAAACCACAAACGAAAAUUUGGGUCAAAAAAGACAGUAGAAAAGGUAAAAACAGCUAUUAUAGAAAUGGAUUGCUUCGCAUCGCCAGUCAAACUCUUACGGUUGUCAAGGAAUGUCAAGUUAGCUUGCCCACCACAGGCUUAAGAAGAAACCUUUAUUUGUCACAUGCACAGUGAAAUUCAUCCUCUGCAUUUAACCCAUCUGAAGCAGUGAACACACGCGUGCGCGCACACACCCAGAGCAGUGGGGAGCAGUCAGGGGUUAGGUACCUUGCUCAAGGGUACCUCAGCCCAAGGCCGCCCCACAUCAACCUAACUGCAUGUCUUUGAACUGUGAGGGAAACCGGAGCACCCAGACACAGGGAGAACAUGCAAACUCCACACAGAAAGGCCCUUGCCGGCCACUGGGUUCGAACCCGGAACCUUCUUGCUGUGAGGCAACCGUGCUAACCACUACACCACAUACUUGCCAACCCUCCCGAUUUCGGCGGGAGGCUCCCGAUUUUAGCCUCCAUCUCCCGCCUUCUGAUCAUAUUUGUUAAAAACUGGAUAAUCUCCCGGUUUUGGGAAAUCCCUACCGCCAAGUUAAAAAUACUCCCAAUUAUGUCCAAUCAGAAUCGUAUGAGAAACACUGCUGACGUCAACUGAUUUUUAACCAGUCAAUGAACAGAAUGACAGUAACUUCCGUAAUGUAGGAUUCACCCAGGCUGUCCCACAUUUUUUACAAGCAGUCAUUCAUCAUGGCCACUAAACCCAAUACCAAACGGGAAAAAUAUGAAUGCAAAUGCCAGGUUGCAUGGGAGAAUGAAUUUCCAUGGAUAAGCAAAUGUUCGACCAGCCAGUUAUGCAUUUUAAGGUAAAGAUACCUUAAAUCAAAAUAUAAUGGACAUUUGAGUGUGAAAUUAAACUAGUCUUCCAUACCAUUUCAGAAACAAACUGUACAACUUCUAAAGUGUUAAGUGAAAUUUUGCAUGACAGAGAAUUUGUUUGAUGAGUGUAUUUGAAUAGUGUGGUAGUGUCUUAGUGCUAUUUUGAAUUUAUGUUUGAAAGUUUUAAGUGAAAGUUUACAAGUGAAUUAUCUGGAAAGUGAUUGAUUUUGAUAGAGUUUUGAGGUUUUAAGUGAAAGAUUACUAGUGAGUGUAUUUUGGUCGUACUAAAAUUUUGCAUUUGAGUGAAUUUCUUUGUGGAGUAUAUUUUGAUAGUAUGGUAGUAUUUAUAGUGCCAUUUUUACAUUUUGUUUGAAAACUUUCAGUCAGAGUUUGCAAAUGAGCAAAUUCCUUUGAUGCAUUCCGAUAGGAUUUUUUUUGGGGGGGGCUUUUUUCACCUUUAUUUGAUAGGACAGUGUAGAGACAGGAAAUGAGCAGGAGAAAGAUGAUGGGGAGGGAUCGGGAAAUGACCUUGGGUCGGAAUCGAACCCAGGUCCCUGGAUUUAUGGUACGGCGCCUUAUCCACCUGAGCCACGACGCUCCAAUUCUGAUAGGAUUUUGAUAGUAUUUCUCAUGCUUUUUUAAAAAUUCUGUUGGAAAGUGUUUAGUGAGAGAGAUGCAUUUUAGUAGUACUAAGACAGUGCAGUAUUUAUUUAAUUAAUUGAAUUGUUACUACAGUGUUUUCCCCAGAAAAAAAUUAAAGCCCUAAAUUCUGGCAUGAUAAAACACAGACAAUUGAGCGCCAAUGGCACGAAGCGAAACUAGGGGGAUCCGGGGGCAUGCCCCCCUGGAAAAUUUUUUGAAAAUAGAUGUUCUCAGGUGCAUUUUCAGGGUCUCUGAGAGGUUUUAGAUAUAUGAUAGAUUUUAACAGUGCUUCAGUGAUUUCUGACCUAAAUAGUAUUAAUGUAUACACAUUUGAAAUUUCACCUUAAAGUUCAACAUGCAAGU